AUGGAAGAAAACAAUCGUACAGAAACAUUGUGCAAAGUUUGCGGUGACAAAGCAUCCGGGAAACAUUAUGGUGUUCCAAGUUGCGACGGGUGCCGUGGUUUUUUUAAACGAUCGAUCCGCAGAAAUUUAGAUUACGUUUGCAAAGAGAAUGGUCGUUGCAUCGUGGACGUUUCGAGACGUAAUCAAUGCCAAGCCUGUCGUUUUACAAAAUGUCUUCAGGUCAACAUGAAACGAGAUGGUACGCUUCGUAUCGAUGCGGUCCAACAUGAAAGGGCACCAAGAAGUACUUCAACUUUGGUAGCUGCUGCAAGAAGAACUCCAGCUGGUCUUUAUCCAGGUUUACCUCACGUUUAUCACACGACAAACAAUCCGUAUCAUCCACUUCUUUAUCCGUCAUUGUUUCCUUUCAAACCUACAAUGCCUGCUUUUGCACCAACCGUUGCACAUUUUUUACCAAGAACGUCAACAGAAUCAUUAUCGGUUAACACAGCUAAGGAAGAUGAAGUUACAAGCUCCGAAGAAGCUGCAAACGUUGAAACUAGGAUCGAACAAAAAGAACUUGUUGGUACUCGUUUGAUUCCACAAAUCAUCAGUCCAGUUUCAACGGAAUACACGAUGUCAAGUUUCUCACUUUUGCCAACGGAAAACGUUUACGAAUUCGCAGCUAAAUUGUUAUUUUUCGCGGUCAGAUGGGCUAGAAGCAUACACUCGUUUUUACAAUUACCUUAUCACGAUCAAACGAUACUCUUGGAAGAAUCUUGGAGCGAAUUGUUCGUACUUACGGCAGCCCAAUGGAAUUUCCCCGUUGAGGAAAAUAAUUUGGUACCUGCCGAUUUGUCUACGGAAAGACGUGAGAUAUUGGUAGACGAAGCUAGAAGACUCAGGGAAUUAUUAGCAAAAUGUUCUUUGCUUAGAGUGGAUCAUUCGGAAUACGCUUGCUUGAAAGCAAUCGUUUUAUUCAAGGGUGAAUCAAGAGGUCUUUGCGAAUCUGGCCGAGUAUCAGCAUUGCAAGAACAAACUGUAGCAGUUUUGUGCGAACGUGAUGCACGAAGGGUUGGUCGUUUAUUAUUACUUUUACCACCUGCAAGAGCAUUGUGUCGAUCUACCUUACACGAGCUUCUUUUCAAGCCCACAGUUGGUGACGUCAGUGUUGAAAGAUUACUCGGAGAUAUGGUCGGUGCUUUGAGGCCUACUUAA